UCAGUUUUCUACGGUUUCUGUCAUACUAUAGUUUCACUCUCUUUUCCCAGAGUGACUCACCGACGUAUAUCAUGUUCCAUGUGCUCUUACCGGCUUCGUCGUUGAUCUGUAUCGCGUGCUGAAAAUCGCGGGAAUGUGAAAAUAAAAACAAUAAAAAGAGUUCAACAAAGACAUGGGAUCGCGGGAGAACCUGAAGGCGACCUUUCAGAUGGGUAAUUCGGGGGGUGAGAGUGUUAAAUUGAAGAGGAAGAUCACCCUGUUGAACGGAGUCGCUCUGAUCAUUGGGACUAUCAUAGGAAGUGGUAUUUUUCUUUCGCCAGCUGGUGUGUACUCCAGCACGAAAUCGGUGGGGUUCUCCCUGAUAAUAUGGUGUUUAUCCGGCGCCUUCUCGACGCUCGGCGCCUUGUGCUACGCUGAAUUGGGGACCUCCAUAACGAGAUCUGGGGGCGAUUAUGCUUAUAUCUACGUCGCUUUCGGCCCCCUUGCCGCCUUUCUGAUGCUUUGGGUGUCUAUACUCAUCAUUCGUCCUACAACACAAACUAUUGUUGCUUUAACUUUCGCGGAAUAUGCUGCGAAGCCUUUUUUUCCAGAUUGCGCACCACCUGCCAAUGCCAUAAGAUUCCUUGCAGCCGUUUGUCUAUGUCUUCUGACUGCUGUGAACUGCCUAAGCGUGCGAUGGGCCAUGCGAAUCCAGGAUCUAUUCACUGUAGCGAAAUUGUUUGCUCUGGCCAUCAUCAUUGUCGCAGGAGUUUAUCACAUGAUCACGGGUGAUUCACAUAACUACAGCAAUUCUUUCGAUGGAAAUUUCGAACUUACUAAUAUUGCGCUGGGAUUUUACUCUGGGCUUUUUGCAUUCGGAGGUUGGAACUUUUUGAAUUUCGUCACCGAAGAAUUGCAAGAUCCCUACAGGAAUCUCCCUAGAGCAAUUUGGAUUGCACUGCCAAUGGUAACUGGAGUAUAUGUUUUAGCUAAUGUAGCAUAUUUCGCUGUUUUGUCAGGAGAAGAAAUGGAAAAUUCAACCGCAGUUGCUGUGUCGUUUGGCGCCAAAAUGUUCGGCAGCUUCAAUUGGUUGGUGCCAGUGUUCGUAGCAUUGUCAACUUUUGGAGGCGUCAAUGGUAUACUUUUCACGUCUUCUAGACUAUUCUUGACAGGGUCCCAGGAAGGUCAUUUACCUGAAUUUUUUUCAUACAUUCACGCUAAAAAGAUGACACCUAUUCCAUCUCUUAUAUUCACAUGUUUGACUUCGUUAGUCUUACUUUUCGUAGAAAAUGUUUUCACCCUCAUAAAUUAUUAUGGACAGAUAUUAUGGCUUUCAGUAGCAGCAAGUAUAGUAGGCAUGCUUUACUUGCGACGCAAACAACCUGAUAUGCCAAGACCAAUAAGGGUGAAUACAAUAAUCCCAAUUGUGUUCCUUGCAGCAUGUGUAUUUUUAGUUGUAUUUCCAAUACCGAAGCAGCCGAUGUAUACUUUGAUUGGGUUAUUGAUAACAUUAUCAGGAGUACCUGUAUAUUAUCUAUUCGUCAAAUGGGAUGUUCUCCCUGAUUAUAUGAAGAAGAACUUGGCUACUACUACAAAAGUAUUACAAAGUAUUAUGUAUGUUGUAUCUCCAGAGACUGAGCAGACUUUGCAUUCUUAAACACCAUCUGGAAUUUUUUUAGUUAUAUAUUUUUAUUUAUGAAAAAACAUAAUAUAUUGGAAUUGCAAUAU